ACUUGAUGUUAGGGAAAACGCGCGUCUCUACUCCCCGUUUCGAUUUACUAUCGUUAUCGAUUGUAACAACAGUUUGUUCGGUGUACACGUAAUCCCCAAUUUAUACUUGAAAGUGAAAUAUUUCAUGUUUUAACAUAAAACUCUGUGUCUGUGUUUUGGAUUUAAUAGAAAGUUACUUAUAAUCGAGUGGACAGAAAAAAGUAUAAAUCUUAUAUUUACAAGUUGUGCGCCAGUGACGACGGAAUAGCUGUAAGGUUGUUGUGAAUGCCGGGCCGCAUGGAUGGCGAGGCACAUCUGGCGUUCGCUCGCCGUAUUCCUGGCGGCCGCCACACUCGUGCUGGCUAAAUAUGCAGAGUUGCAGCCAUGGCGUGGCGCGGGACACCCAUUGUCACUUGCACAGGAGGCGGAAGACGAACGUCACGAUGCCGAGUUGCUGGCCGCCGUCAGGUCUUCAAUGCAACAAUGGGAACAAAAGCGGGCUCGUACAAGGAGUAAAAGAUCACAAGGCAGCGUUUGUUAUGGAGAAUUUGGGUGCUUUGAGGAUGCAGGCCCUUUCGCAUACCUCGAGACACUGCCCAGCCCUCCACAGGAGGUCGGCACGCACUUCCUCUUGUACUCUACUAUUAACAGAGGAGAUCAACCGUUGUUGGCGGUAUCGGCUAGCAACAUGUCGGCAGCGUGGGGUUGGGCCGCACGAGCAUUCGACUCCUCACGGCCCACACGCAUCAUAGUACACGGAUUCGGUUCCAACUGUGACAAUGUCUGGGUGUACGAGAUGCGCUCUGCUUUAAUGGCUGUUGAGGAAUGCAAUGUAGUAUGCGUGGACUGGGAAGGCGGCGCGUCCAUGCCCAAUUACCUUCGAGCCGCCGCUAAUACGCGACUCGUUGGUAAGCAGUUGGCAAUGCUGUUACAAGGUUUAGCAAAGCACAUAGAUCUGCGGUUCGAAGACGUGCAUUUUAUUGGAUUUAGUUUGGGCGCUCAUGUCGCCGGCUUCGCAGGCUCUGAACUUCGAAAUAUAAGCCGCAUUACAGGUCUAGACCCAGCAGGUCCGCUUUUCGAAUUCCAAGACCCGAGAGCUCGAUUGGAUCGCAGUGAUGCUAAAUUCGUAGACGUAAUUCAUUCGAAUGGUGAAACCCUAAUUCUAGGCGGGCUAGGCGCCGCGCAGCCUCUGGGUCAUGUUGACUUUUAUCCAAACGGCGGCAGAGUACAACAUGGCUGUUCUAACUUGUUCGUGGGCGCAGUGUCAGAUCUAGUGUUGCCGUGGGCGGCGCCGUCACCCGAAGGCCGCUCGUUGUGCAACCACCGUCGUGCCUACAAGUUCUUCACGGAUUCAGUCUCACCUAAAUGCCACUUCCCUGCUUUUCCAUGUACAAAUUACGACACUUUCUUAGAGGGUCGAUGUUUCCCUUGCGACUCACAAAGGCGUUGCGGCAACAUGGGCUACUACGCCGACCGAUCACUCGGUCGCGGCCAACUGUACUUACUCACCAGGGAAGAGGAGCCUUUUUGUGCCCACCAGUACUAUGUGUCGGUGUGGGCGGGCAGCGAGACGGGCGAGAAGGUGAACUACGGCAGAGUGACGCUCACACUGCACGGAGACACGGGCCUCAAUGAAUCCUUCCCUAUGACCAAACGCGAGGAGAGAAGCGUAAGUGCUGGUGCCAACAUGAGCGUGGGCGGUGCGGGGUCGCACGCUCGAUUCACGCGUGUGUUGGUCCCGCACCCGGCGCUAGGAGUGCCACUACGUGCAUCCCUACACUACGCCGCAUACUCAGGGUGGCUCAGUGCCGGCGCUAACACCAUUCUACUCGACAAACUGCUCAUAGCUGACAGCUUCGCUAAGACAUCCUCAUUCUGUAAAAAAGGGAUGGUACUUCAUUCUGAUGAAUCUAUCGAACUACCGCUCUACCCUGGGGACUGCCAAAUACAAGAAGACGUUGAUACACCAAACGCGACAAGCAAUGACAAUACAAUUCAAGAUAAUGUAACGAACAGACCAUUAGUAGAUCCUCUCGAUAAUGAGCUGCCGGAAGACACACCGCAGCGGCCUUUCGCACUCGUCGAUACUUACGAAUUCACCGGCGGAGCUGACAGUGGUCGCGCUUUCGGGAUGACCAAUACCAAAAUAGCCGCGAGUGGACUUGUCGAAAUCGCAGAACCAGUCUUAAAACCGCGACCUCGGAAAACACCACGACAUAAAGCGGAUUCACCCGACGAUUUGCCUGAAAUAUCAGAACCUCUAUUGAGAGCUACGCAACCUCCACGCCCGACUACUCAGCAGCCAUUAAGAAAAGGAAAGAACUACGACAUGUCUACGACGCCAACUUACGAAGCUAUGUCGUGGAGCGAUAAAACUGAGGAGGAAUCCAGUUUCGCAGUUCAAUUUUUACCGGCGCGAUUGGCAUCCUUUAUUUCGAGGGCUGAAAGGUACGCUCGAGAUACUCUCCUACCUUUGGUGUCAGCAUACGCACCUCGAUUGCCCAUUUUCGGAUCUAGAGAAGUUCCUAAACCAACUGCUAGGUAUAUACCUAUGGACGAUUUAAAUGUUACAAGUUCGGUACCUGUACCAACUCCUACAUUGGAAAUGAAAAUAGAGUCACUCCGAGCAGUAGGUCCACCUGGAGAAAAGAGAGACAUGGAAUCGCCUGAAGAUCCAGAUAUUCCUGUUGUGAUAUCAACUACAACUACCACUACUACAACGACAACACCAUCGACUACCACUGUGGAACUUCGGGCAGCACCUACAGAAAUGUUGAAGGUGGUGAAUGGACCCGCUGCGUCCACUAGCACGGCAUUACCACCGAUGGCUUUAAGAAGUGAAGGGCAGAAAAUUGUGAUAGUAUACCCGAGCAACGCUAGAGAUGAGCGAAAGAUUCGAUCGCAUUCAUAUCCAGAGGAGCUUCAGUUUGAAGCGUUGUACCGUCACACAGCGUCGCCGUCCGAAGUGCGGGUGGAUUUGCCUACAUUUAGCCCGCCCACGUCAACUGCUGAGCCUAGUUCCACGUCACCCACACACACCGCUGAUGCUAGAUACAUACCGGUAUUAUAUCAAAAGCCUGAUGAUAAAUUAACGGAAUCUAAUUCUUACCCCACAUGAAAGACAUUUUUUAGUUUUUAUCGAAUUUAUAUUUUGCAUGGUGUAAAUAAUGCCAAGAUGAUGAUUGUAAAGAAAAAUUACAAAUUACUAAUGUAAUUGUAUACUAUCUCUGUGAUCUGUGUUGUAGUUACUUCUCCUACAUCAUUAAAAUAAUGUAUAGUAGGAAAUUUAUUUUCCGCAUCCAUGCCGUCCAGUGUAUAGAUUGUAAGUCGUAACAUUGGUAUUUUUUUAAACUAAUGUCAUGUAAAUAAAUCUAGAUUUUAAUUGAAUUUAUAAUAGGAUAGAAUUUUUUGUAAAAUAAAAUAUUUAUUACGUCAUGUCCUUAUUUAUUUUUAAAACUUAAAAUAUUACUUUUUUGGCCAUAAAUCAACAUUGCUUGGAAUUGAACGGAAUGCUCUGCAUAAUACAAAAUUAGAAAAUGAUUACACAAUCCAAUUUAGAUGAAAAUAGAAUUAGUUGUACCUAGUAAUCAUAAAGUUAUAUCCUAAUCUAGGUACUUAGUGACAAAAUUAAUGUAAAAUAAAAGUAAAUGUGUAGACAAUAACAACCGAGACUCGAGACUUAAAGUCUAAAUUAUCGUGCAUCGCUCGAGGCAUGACAGCAUCUAAACCGGCUUUACAAAUGGCACAAAUUAAUGCACGGUUCAUGGAGUCGGCCAGCAGUGUCAAAUCGUGUUUAAUUUUAAGGUGGAUUUAGACUAGAAGAACAUAGACUAAGAAUGUAG